UCAUCCAUCAUGCUCAAACUCUGGCCGUCGUCGCCGCAGCCGCUCUCGCUCGACUCCCAAUUGACGCCCAAGCCGCAGAAGAUCGAGCGGAACCCAUUUGAGUCCGUGUCGUCUGACUCGCGCCCUCCUCCGGCGCCAGAUGCACAUCAGCAGCACCAGCAGCCCCCGACGCCGACUGGCACUUCAUUCCACCAUCGCCUGCUAAGUCGCGCGCCGCCAUCGCCCAUCGGCCCCGGCCGCCAGCUAGGGGCGACGGAUCCGGCCGUCGGCACGAGCGGUGAUGUGACACCUCUGGGUUCAUCACAGCUGCAGCCUCAACAGAACCUCCAUCCGUCUUUUGCUGCGGCUCUCCCCACGACCCAGCUCUCUCUUAAUGCCCCGGAAUUCAACAUGUCCUCCCCGCCGCGCAGCUCCAAACGCCCAGUUCCAGACCUCUCCCCAGCGCCAUCGCCAUCGCCCGCCCCGGCCGGCCCCAAUGCUUCCAAGGGCAAGAUCCAUGUGAAGCUCAUCCAGGCCCGUGGCCUCAACGUCCCGUCGCCGAACUCGCGCCCCUACGUCGUCGUCACCUACGACCAGAGCGAGUUUGUCAGCCGCGACCCGACCGAUGAGACGGAUAAGGAGGUCCGCGGCGUACCCACGCGCAACGCCAACGGCGCUACUACCCCCGUCAACCCUCCUCCCACAUCCUCCUCUUCCGCCCUCGCCGCCUUGGGAAAGGUCUCAGCCGCCAUAGACAAGGCGACGAACGGCACGAAGAGCAACAAUACGUCCCCCGUUUCGUCGCUCGGAUCGGGCAAGAGCGACAAGAGCCUUUUCGGUCGCCUGUCUGCCCACAACCCCGUCUGGAAACAUGAGGUCGCCUUCGACGUCACAUCGUCGAAGUCCCAGCUCACGUUCAACGUCUAUGAUCGCACCCAGCUUAACCAGGGCUUCCUCGGCAUGGUCCAGAUUACGCCCACACUCGUGCACGAUCACACCGUCGACCAGUGGUACAAGCUCCACGCGAACGAGAAUGAGCAAGUUAGUGGCGAAAUUCGCGUUCAGAUUACGUACGAGCAGUACAAGAACAAGCGAACACUGACGCCACGCGACUUCGAAUUCCUCAAGCUCAUCGGACGCGGUACCUUCGGCAAGGUCCUUCAGGUUCGCAAGAAGGACACGAAGCGUAUAUACGCCAUGAAGAUUCUGUCGAAGCGCGAAAUCGUGCAGAAGAAGGAGGUUGCCCAUACGAUCGGCGAGCGCAAGAUUCUGCAGACUUCGCUCGAGUGCCCCUUCCUCGUCGGUCUGAAGUUCUCGUUCCAGACCGAGACGGAUCUCUACCUCGUCACGGACUUCAAGAGCGGGGGCGAGCUAUUCUGGCACUUGCAGCGAGAAACGCGCUUUACCGAGGAGCGCGCCCGCUUCUACAUCGCCGAGCUUGUGCUUGCGCUCGAGCACUUGCACAAGUACAAUAUCGUCUACCGCGACCUGAAGCCCGAGAACAUCCUUCUCGACGCCACAGGCCACGUCGCUCUAUGUGACUUUGGCCUCAGCAAAGCCGACCUGCGCCCAGACGAGCUCACCACUACGUUCUGCGGCACGACCGAAUACCUCGCGCCCGAGAUCCUCCUCGACGAGCACGGGUACUCCAAGAUCGUCGACUUCUGGAGCCUCGGCGUCCUGCUGUUCGAGAUGUGCUGUGGCUGGAGCCCGUUCUACGCGGAGGACACGCAGCAGAUGUACAAGAACAUCUGCUUUGGGAAGAUCCGCUUCCCGCGCGGUGUCAUUGGCGACGAGGGCAAGUCGUUCGUCAAGGGCCUGCUCACGCGGAACCCGAAGAACCGGCUGGGCGCGACGCGCGACGCGGAGGAGCUGAAGGAGCACCCGUUCUUCAAGUCCAUCGACUGGCACCUCCUCGCGCUCAAGCAGGUCACGCCGCCGUUCAAGCCCGUGAUCGAGUCGGACGAGAGUACGGCGAACUUCGACACGGAGUUCACGAACGCGGACAUCAGCGAGAUUAUCGGCGACGAGGGCGAGAGCGAGAUCGACGAGGACGACCCGAGCGAGGCGUGGGUGAGCCAGAGCCUGAGCGAGUCGGGCGGGCACAUGCCGUUGGGGCCGCUGGGGCAGGAGAAGACGGACCCGAAGAGCCCGACGCUCAGCAGGAAUCCGAGUCGUGGAGGCGGCAUCGAGAUCAAGGCGAAGAAGCAAAGGAAGGGCGCGACGCAGGGCUCGCCGUUGACGUCGAGCGUGCAGGAGAAGUUCAAGGGCUUCACGUACUCGGGCGAGGGCAGCGUGCUGAACGGGAGCGCGAUGGCGGGUAGACGAGGUGCGGAGAGCGGAACUGAGGAGGAUGGGCCGGAACCCACGACGGAGGACGAGAUCGACGACACGGGGAAGAGCGCGGGGCGGUACGCCAAGUCGCGGAGAAGAAAGGGUUUGGAGUUUACGGGGUUGGACGACUGAGAUUCCUGGGAUCGGAUUAUCUGCUUUUGUUUUCUCUUUUCUCUUCUGCUCCCUACGAGGGACCCUGGCCCCUCAUGCGCGCCGGGGUAUCUUGACUGUACAAAUCAUAGGCUAAGCACCCUGCACUAGUGUCUCGUUUUCUCGCAAGUUGAACUGAAGUGUACCACAAUAAUUUACUGCAUUUGGACUU